AUGGAGCAGCAGCAGCAGCAGCAGCAGCAGCAAAAGCAGCAGGCGAGAGCCUCGGACAUCUGGACACCACCUGCAGCAUACAGCAGCAGCAGCAGCAGCAGCAAUAAUAGCAGCAGCAACGGUGUCUCUAUUUGCCCCACUGUCGCCUCCACGAAGACUGCUGCUGCUGCUGCUUCCGCUGCAGCAGCAGCAGCAGCAACACCACGGAGACAAAAACUUGCUGCUGCGCGGCUGCUCAGUAGCAGCAGCAGCAGCAGCAGCAGCUCAGAUGAGGGAACAUUUAAAGUGUCUGCGGGCCUAGGGGACCCCGCUAAGCACCCUUCUGCUGCUGCUGCUGCUGCUGCUGCUGCUGCUGCUGCUGCUGCUGCUGCAUUGGAAGACUCUGAGGGCAGCGGAGAUGAGGAGUGGCUGCAGGGCCUGCUGCAGUCAGCAGCAGCAGCGCAGCGGCGGCACUCAGGAUCUGCAGCCAGCAGCAGCAGCAGCAGCAGCAGCAGCGACGACGAAAGCAGCUCUCCUAGUUCUCCCCGUAUUGUCUCCGAUGCCGGUGUUGCUGCAGCUUCUCUAGGCAGCAGCAGCAACAGCAGCAGGGGGCCAGAGGCGGUGGCUGCUGCUGCAGCAGCAGACGCUGCUGCCGGCAGCUCCUGCUGCAGCAGCGAAGCUCAAAUCGCAUGCAGCAGCUUGGAGAGUAACAAUGACGGUGCUGCUUUUGCUGCUCUCUGCUGCAGCAGGAAGAAGAUGUGGGGCCCCGAAGCCUGUGCUCGUCGCGGUGAUGCUGCUGCUGCUGCUGCCUUGUGGACGCCCGCUGCAUCAGCAGCAGCAGCAGCAGCACUUGAAGAGACGCUGCAGCCGCUGCAGCGAGCUGCUGCUGAGCUGGCGCUGCCGUUAAGGGGCCCUAAAGGGAUGGAUUCGCAGCAGCAACCUACGCAGGCAGCAGCAGCAGCAGCAGCAGGAGCUGCUGCUGCUGCUGCUGCUUCUGCUGGCUUCCCGGCGCCGGUCAGUGCUGGGCAGCAGCCAGCCUGGGGCCUGCUGUCUCCAUGCAGCACAGGGUUUGUUGCGCUGCAGCAGGUGACGCAGUCUGCCGGCAUAGUAACAGCCUUCUGCCGCUGUGGAGAUCUGAUAGCUGUGGGGACCUCUCGGGGUGUAUGCGUCUUGUCUCGUCUGGAGGAGCAGCAAUCUGCUGCUGCUGCUGCUGCCGCUGCUGCUGCUGCUGGUGGUAGGGGCGGUGGGGGUGGAAGCAGCAGCGGGGACGUUGCUGCUGCUGCUGCUGCGCUUCGCAUGCAGUUUGCUGCUCCUAAUGCUUCUGUUAGAGCCAGGCUAACCUCCUCUUGUGCAUUUCCUGCUGCAGCAGAAUCUGCAGGUGCUGUUGCUGCUAUUGCAUGCAGCAGCAGCAGCAGCAGCAACAGCAGCAGCAGCAAUCUCCUCCUCCUCGUCAGCUACAAGAGCGGCUGCGUCGCCUGGGUUAGCGUUAAACCCCCAGCUGCAAGUGCGCAGCAGCAGCAGCAACAACAACAACAACAGCAACAACAACAGCAACAGAACCAGCCGCAGCAACAGCAACAACAACAACAGCAGCAGCAGCAGCAGCAGCAGGAACAGUUUGCCGUGGAGUUGCUGUGCCUCGCUCGCCCCGGAGCUGCAGCUGCGGCUGCGCCUGGAAGCGAUGCUGCAGCACAGCAGCAGCAGCAGCAGCAGCAGCGGCAACAGCGCAGCCAUUUAUGCUCCGUGCGUUUUCUGGAGGGCAGCAGCAGUGCUGUUGCUGCAGGCAGCAGCGGCAGCAGCAGCAACAGCAGCAGCAGCAGCAGCAGCGGGCGGGGCCUGGGGUUAAUGGGAUGCGUUGCUGCUGCUGUUGCUGUCGACGAAGCAGCAAAUUUGCUGCUGCUGCUGCUGCACCGCAGGCUGCUGACGUAUUACACAGAGGAGCGGCUGCUAGCCACAGGGAUUCCUUCCUUAGGAGCACUGCUUGACGUGCGGCCUAUGCCGCUCUUCUCUGCAGCAGACCCGGUGUGCUGCUGCGCAGCAGCAGAUGAACUUCUGCUGCAGCAACAGCAGCAGCAACAGCAACAGCAGCAGCAGCAGCAACAGCAGCAAGUUGUUGCAGUGGCCUGCAGCAACGGCGUCGUCGUUCUGACUAUCGACACGGGAGCCACCCUCGCUUAUCACCUAGACCUAAGUGAGCAGCAGCAGCAGCAGCAGCAGCAACUGCAGCAGCAGCAGCAAUUGCAGCAGCAGCAGCAGCAGCAGCCGCAGGUGCUGCUGAAUUUCCCUUGCAUUUGCUGGCUGGCGAGAGGAGACAAACUGCGGCGUUUGUUCGCCUCCCCAGUCCUCGCGGUUGCUGCUGGGCGCCUGCUGCUGCUGCUGCAGCGCCUCGGCAGCGAAGUCAAGCUGCUGUCUCCUUCCUUUUCUCUCUGCGCCCCAGCCCAAGCAGUGGAGAGUUUGGGGGAUUCUGUCGUCUGCGUGCUGCACUCGGCCUCCGUAGUUACAAUCUAUCAACUAGUAGAGCAGCAGCAGCAGCAGCAGCAGCAGCAGCAACAGGCGCUGCAGCUGCUGCUGCUGCAGCACGUCGAUGUGGGGCAUGUGCGGCCUCUUUACUACAGCUUUUCAGAUACCUCUAUCAUUGCCCAUCAGCAGCAGCAGCAGCAACAACAACAGAAGCAGCAGCAGCAACAGCAGCAGCAGCUGACGCAUCAGGGCUCCAUCCCUCCUCUUCUUUCUCUCCCCGCUACUGCAGCAGCUCGGCGCUGCCUCUUCAAGAUCAUCUGCUCUCCUUUACUUGCUGCUGCUGCUGCUGCUGCUGCUUCUGAUAGCAGCUGCACUAGUAGCAGCAUCCGCAGCAGGUUGCAGCAGCAGGCGAUCCUCCCUCCGCAGCAACAGCAGCAGCAGCAGCAGCAGCAGCUUGUUGCAGUGGGCCUCACAGCAGCAAAGGCAUUCUCCUGCUGCUUUGAAAUGUGCGAUGUGCUGGGGGCCCCGGGGCUGCUGCCGCCGUUGCUGCUGCAGUGGCUACUGGAGCAGCAGCAGCAGCAGCAGCACAACUUGGUAGGCAGCAAGCACGGCUGGGGUGUGCAGCAGCAGCAGCAGCAACAACCGGAGGAUCAUGAGCAGCAGCAGCAGCUGUUGCAGGCAGCAGCAGCAGCAGCAACAGCAGCAGCAGAUAAGCGUGCUGCUGUUUUGUUUGCCUUGACAGAGCGCCAACUCCUGCUGCAGCAGCUGCCUGCUGCUGCUAUCCCCCACAGCUUGCUGCUGCGGCUGCUGGCCUCCUUAGAAGCUCAACUGGAAGCUGCUGCAGCAGCAGCCUUCCCUCAGUCUUUACAACCUCCAGACACGAAACCUGCUGCUACUGCUGCUGCUGCUGCUGCUGCUCUUCUGGGGCACGAUGCAGUGGAGGAGGCAGCACUGAUUGCCUGGCUGCAACAGUCCCCAGCAGCAGCAGCAGCAGCAGCAGCAGCGGAUGUGCGUUUUUCUGCCUUUACGCUGCUCAAGGAUUCAAUGAAAACAGCAGCAGCUGCACUUGCAGACGAAGUCAGGAGCAGCAGCAGCAGCAGCAGCAGCAGCAGCAGCAGCACAAAGUGCACAGUGGAAGCCAUAGCCGAGCUGCAGCGCGUGCGCCGCCUGGUUGAGUCAGUGCUCAUCUGCUUGAUGCAGGAGCAGCAGCAGCAACAGGAGCAGCAGCAGCAGCAGCAGCAGCAGCAGCAACUGGAUGUACACUCCAUGACUCGUGUUGCCUGCGUCCAUCGUCUAUGGACGGCCGCAACAACUCUGCUUCAUCAGGGUAAGCUGCAGGCAGCAGCAGCAGCAGCAGCAGCAACAGCAGCAGUACCAGCAGCAGCAGAAGUAGCAGCAGCAGUAGCAGCAGCAGCGGUAGGACUAAUUGCUGCUGUAGUAGUAGACUUGCAGGCCCUCCAGAAGCAGCUGCACACGCACUCAAUACUCGCUAUCAUAGCAGCAGCAGCAGCAGCAGCAGCAGAACCUGUAGCAAAUACACCUACAGUAGCAGCAACACCAGCACCAGCACCAGCAACAGCAGCAUCAGCAGCAGCAGUAGCAACAGCAGCAGCAGCGGCAGAAGCAGCAGCAGCAGGAGUGCAUGCGUUGUGUUGCUUCAGGCUUCCUUGA